ACCAUAAGUCCAAGUACACCAGGCUGAACGACCCCAAUUUUUUUGCCAAGAGGGAAUUCUCCUUCACUUGUAAGAAGAAUGAUCAAGGGAAAGAAGAAAUCUAUAUGAGAUGGCUGUCCUUUAACAACGCGGAGGAAUUCAAGGAAAAACUGCUGUCCAACUUUGUGCCAAUCAAAUUUGAUAUCGGUGCAGUGUACAACUACCCAGUUUAUCAGAAGGAUCAAAAGGGCGACAUAUUUCACCCCGUUCAAAAGGAACUUAUAUUUGAUAUUGAUAUGAACGACUAUGACGACAUCAGAACUUGCUGUAACGAUAAGAAGGUGUGCAAAUUAUGCUGGAAAUUCUUAACUAUAGCAAUAGUACUUCUCGACACGGCAUUGCGCGAAGAUUUUGCGCUUCAAAACAUUUUGUGGGUCUACUCAGGAAGAAGAGGAAUACAUUGUUGGGUCUGUGACGAAUCUUGCCGCCACUUCACAACUGACGCCAGAGCUGCCCUCGCAGACUAUUUGAAUAUCCUAUCGGGUUCGGAUACUAAGAAGAAGAAGGUUUCCAUAUGGGGCAAGGAAAAAUAUCCUAUGAUUGAGAGAGCAUUUGAAAUAUGCUACAAGUACUUCGACAUCCUCAUGGAGGAACAGGACUUCUUCAAGAAGGGGUCUCCCCACGUAAACAAGAUAAUUGAUUACCUACCCUACACGACGGCGAAAAACGUAGACCCUACGAAAAGCGCCAAAGUGAACGAAUUCAAAGAGUUCAUCGAUAAGAACAAUUUCAACUCGAAGGAACUUUUCGAAAAAUUGAGUUCAAUCUAUGGGUUCCUAACGCCCGCCAAAUAUUUUAAGAAGAAAGAUUCGAAUGCGAAUACAGUUAUACCCUCAUACAUCAAAGAACUGGUUUUUCAUUUCACGUACCCACGACUUGAUAUUAACGUCAGCAAAGAAAUAAACCAUCUGCUCAAAAGCCCCUUUUGCAUUCACAACGGCACAGGAAGAGUGUGCGUUCCACUGAAUAUAAAAAAUAUAGACAAUUUCAAUCCCCAGUUGGUACCCACACUAAAAUUACUGCGGGAACAAUAUGAUGACCCUCAAAAUGCCCACGGUAAAUCACCUAAUGAAGAUAAUUUCGAAAUGCAAUACAUGAUCGAACAACUUAAGAGCAUGAUAACGAACUGA